GGAGGAGGAGGAGGAUCGGGGGAAACGUGGGCGCUCUCCGCUCCGCGACAGACUGGCAGACGGACGGACGAGUUGAGAGAGAGAGAGAGAGAGAGACCGCGAGACAGCGUACUUCAUUUGGAUGAACCAAAGUUAACGAAAAAGUUGUCCAUAUCUUCAGGCAUGAAGGCACUGCGAACAGCUAACUGCGUCAGGAGUUUCCAGAGAUGGAGAGCGUGCUGGACUCGGUGGAGCAAAUAGUCUGCAACGUGCUGCCCCAGGCGGACGCCGACAGCGUCUUUAAGGACCUUAAUGUAGUUGGAAUGCUUCAUGAGUUCUGGGAGAGGAAACAGACAGGAGGAGCCCUGAGUCGGUCUGAGAGCCUGGUGGUAUAUGAGUCGGUGCCGUCCCCCAGCCCACCAUUUAUCUGCUAUGUGACUUUGCCAGGCGGGAGCUGUUUUGGAAAUUUUAAGUGCUGUUUCACCAAGGCAGAAGCCAGACGAGAUGCAGCCAGAGUAGCCCUUAUGAACUCCGUGUUUAAUGAGCUGCCCUUACGCAGGAUAACACAGGAAUUCAUUCAUCGCAGCAUCGAGGAGGCCGUUUCCAUGACCAGUGGCAGUUUAGGUGAUGCCAAGGAUCCUGGAACAAGCAUUGGAGCCUACUGCUAUAUGCUGCAGGCAAAUGAGGGAAAAACCAUGUUGGAAUUUCAGGAGCUGAUGACAGUCUUCCAACUGCUACAUUGGAAUGGCAGCCUUAAGCUUUUUAGGGAGCAAAAGCUCUCCAGACAGGAGGUCAUUUCUUAUUACUCCCAGCAUCCACUUGAUGGUUUCACAAGAAGUCACAUGGCACUGGACUGGAUGGUUAAAGAACAAGAGACGCCUGGCCUCAUUUCUCAGGAGCUACAGGUUGCACUUAAAGAGCUGGGAGAAGCCAGAAAAGCUGGACGAGAGCUCCGGUUUUACAAGGAAAAGAAGGAAAUCCUCUGCUUGGCUCUCAGUCAGAUGUUUGAGGUGAACGGAGCCCCUUGCACCAUGGAGAGGACCCUCUGUGAACGCUCAUGGUCCGAGUCGAACCUCAGCACAGAACCAUGACGGUAAAUGCAGAGAGAAUCAUUUAUGGUCUGGGGUGUGUGUCCUCAGAUGAUGAAUCUGAAAUGUCUCCUAUGGUGAUGCCUCUGGCUACCACUUCCUUUGAAGGAUUAAAGCUGCCUUUGCCUUAGCUUGUUUAGUUAGUUUAGAAUAUUAGAUCCUGUUAAGGCAGCUGGUUUCUUUUUGUGAAUAAGUUUCUACUUUGUAAGAUUUGCAUUGAAAGACUUGCUCACGUACGUACAUUGUGAUCUCUCUUUAGACUUUUCACAUUCAUUAAGCUAAUGGGCAUCAGGGUAUUCGAUUGGCAAAAAUGCUGUGAUGAUCCACAUGAUGGGGAGAACACAAAGCAGGUCAGUCUCCUUCAGCCACACCUUGAUUAGCCAACCACUGAUGGUCACUCAUCUUUAAUACAGGGUAACAUCAUCACUGCAUUGGUUUAAACAACCAACUCACCUUCCCUCCAUUAAUCUCUUUGCUUGACAUUUUUGACGUAGCCACUUGCGUUAUAGACUUAACCAAUAUUUAGACAGCUGAACUCCUCCCUGUAUCAGAUUUGCACCUUGGACACCAGGGUGGUCACAUCUCCAGUUGUAUUAAUAAAGAUCAUUUGUGAAACUACAAAGCUAACAGACAAGUAAUAUUCAGCACGUAGCUCAAUAGUAUGUGAAACAGUACGAGUAAUGCAGUGGCAAACACAUCUGACUGGCAUGUGAACACCAACACACAAAUGUCUGAAAAUAGCCCAGUAGCUAAUUGUAAACUGGUAUAUAAUGGUAAAAUGUCUUGUAUGUAACUUUCCGACAAUGCAACCAAAAGCUUAGAUAGGCAGGAUGGCUGGGGAUGCUUAAAGAAUGCAUGUGGCUCAAGCACAGGGGUCGGCAACUCUGGUCCUGGAGGACCACCGUGUCUGCAGGUUUCCAUUGUAACCCUUUUUUUAACGAGUGACCUGCUUGUGCUGCUAAUUAACUUCUUGUGAAUUCAUUUAAAUUGUCUUUUUUUAAGAUUUGUUCCCCUGAAUUUCUUCAUUGUUCCCUUGGUUUGCCUUAUGUUUACAUAAGGACUAUCAGCCACGCAGUGCGACAGCAAAGGACUAUUCCACUGUUAACAUCAAUGUACCAGGCUGGCACUGUAUUUGCUGUUAGACUCUAAUUAAAGUAAACUUCCUGUCUCCAGCAAAGAGCUAUCCCACUGUUAACACCAAUAUAACAGUUCAGCUCCAUAUCUGUGACAGAGACGUACAUCCUCAGUGAGGUCACAUUGACCAGUCCAGCCAAGGAAUGGAUGUGAUGGCCACUUCUUCAGUGUCAGGGUGAUGACACCAUUCAAUGUAUCACGAUCGCACUGUAACAUGAUAUUUUUGACUACAAUGAUUGUGUAAAUUAUAUAUUAUUGUAUAUUUUUAACUUUGGCUUACAGGAAAGGAUAAAAGUUUAAGGGGAUUACUGGGAGAAGAAAUGUAAGGCAAGCAGUGAACUGAAAUCAGAAAAGCAGUCCUAUCUUGCAACUUAGCCAAGUUGUUAAUUAUGUAAUCACAAAGAACCAGAAGGUCAAACUAUCAAAAGUAAUGAACCCAUUUAAUCUGAGUAUUGGCCAGCUUAGAUAAGGACAUGUGAGAGGUGCCACUUCUUAUACUGUACUGUCACAUCCAUUAUAUUAAGUACAGCAUUUCUGGAAAUGUGUUCUUAGUAACCGAAAUGGCAUACUGUAGUAACCAUGGAAACUCAACAUGUCAGCAUCCAUAGAAAAAACUACAACAUAAAUAGUGCAAUUAUUUUUACUAAUAACAAUAUUAAAAAUACUAAAUAAGAACACAGAAUCAUGAUACAUACUUUGAAAUAUUUUAUUGUCGCAUGUAGUGGCAUUUAUAUCCUGAAGCAGAAAUUCAUUCGCUGUUAUUAUACAUUUAUGUACAGUAGUGAUGGGAAAUAUACAUUUCUAGAGUUUCUGUUUAGCCAUGUACAUUUUUAUUUUAUGUGUUAUUUUUAUAUUUUUAUAUUAUUUUGUAUAUUUUGUUAUUAUUCAUGUUUUUGUAAGUAUAUACUGAAUAUUAUUUUGUUGAUCUGUAGUGUUUUUAAUAUAUUUAGUUUUAUGGCCUGUCUCCUUAAAAUAGAAUUUUGGGGGCGGGGCCACCAUGAUGUCACCACUGAGGGACCGCCCUUCGCCUUUAUAUUCAGGUGGAGGAACUGCAUUACCUCAGAGGUUCAUUGGGGUUGAAGAAAAGAUCAUUAUUGCGUUUACUGCUCUUUUGUUUUUCUUGCUUCUGUCUUUAGAUUUAGUCUCUGAAAAUCAUAUUGGAGUUGCUUACUUUAGAUUCCCUUUUUAGACAACUCCUUUUUGUACUUAUUUCAUCUUUGGCCAUUUUCUUUUUGAUUUUCUUAAAUAAAUUCCUCAUUUAAAAAGA